AGUCUCGCGAAGCCGCAGUAUCAUUUCCACUAGUGCGAGUGUGGAGUUUACUUCGUCUGUUCGAUUCGUCAUUUCUGCCACUCGCGGUGAUCUUUCUUGUCGCGUCCUGCUCAGUGAUUGUUCCAUCGAAGAAAAAAGCGAGGCGAAACAUACUGGAUACGUGUACACUCGGGAACAUUGGUUUUUGUCGAUCUUCUUGCAAAAAGAACAGAAUUAAUAUCCGAAUAUCGUUCGAUCAUUCAUUGACUGCAUAACACGAUGUGUUUAUUGUUUGGUGAAUGUUACAGUGAAUCGAUGUGUUUCGUGUAACGUUGUUCGUCUUGUGAGUGAAUUUUCCCUAAUUGAAGUAAAGAGAUGAGAAAUGAAACGAGGGACAAAAGUAGAAGCUGUCAGCCGCGAAUUGGGUUACGUCCCGUUCGCCUGGCAACGAUAUAUGACGCAACAGCCACCCUUCGUUAGUAUCCGUGGUCCUCGUGAUUUUUACCUGCGGUUUUAAUUGCAACAGGACUUUACGCGAAAAAGAAACGCUAAAGUGAUCUCCAUGCAAUCAACUAUCCUCGUUCCAUUAUCUUCAUUGCGCAGUGAGUUUUGGAGGUUAGCUGAUCACAAUUAAGAAAUUUAAACGAAAGCGACACCCACAGAGGCAGUCGGAUCAGCUGUUUCCCCAGGACGACCUUUCAACUACGCUUGAUAAUCCAAAUGCCAGUCCACUACGCGAAUCUUUUGGAAAUCACCAUCUCGAAAGCUCCUUGGUACCAGAAUAAAUUAAAACGGAGAAAGGACAAUGUUGUCGUACAUGCUACCAACCGAAGACAAACCACCACCCGGAGAUUCGAAUCAGAACAAUUAUCGCGCUAAUAAGUUGCAGAAAAGUGCGAAGGAACGUCCAUCCAUCGGCUCGAAGCCGGUGGGCAAAGUAAUCACGAUCUCUCCGAAAAAAUACGUUGACACGUCCAAAAUGAUCGUUUCAACGAAGAUCGAGGAGCACGGUGACGAUCAGCGCCAUCUGCAGGACGAACAGCGGCAACAGCAUCAGGGGGUGUUGAGUGAAAGUCCAAAGCACAACGGUACCGUGGUGAAAAAAUCGACUUUGCACACCUCGAAGGUCACUAAAGAUGACAGCCUGUACAGUAUAAACAGCGACGCGAGCACGGUUGGAAGUGAUCGAAAGAGUAAAAUUUUUAACGGGGCGAAGCACACUAGUCUAAAAAGAGUAUCCUUUGGCUCAAGCAAAGGAUCAAUGGUAGAAACUCUAGUGUACGAGACACCUGUUCAAGAAGAGCCGGAAAUCAAUCGUUUUAUGGAUCACAACGGACGCAUACCCUCCAUGAUUACAUCUGUACCUGAUACCGACGAAGGUAGGGAAAUGGUACGCGUCUCGUUGCUAGGUCCACAACCUUCACCGACAACACCCGGCGUAUUUCAGGUGCAGCCUAUCGCGAUAUCGAGGACUCAACCGAUCGACAUGGACACCGUUCCGGCCGAACUCCUGACCACGCACACCGAACACACAGCUCCCGCCUAUCACACGCAAAUCAGCACGGAUAGUGGUUGGGAUAAUCCAUUCAGACCAGACGGUGACCUUUCGAGGGAAGCUGACGAGAUAGUGGAAUUGAUAAAAGGUGGAAAACCUAUCACUCCGACGCCUGGCCAGACAGCUCCACCAUUACCAGGAUGCGAUACUACCGACAACGCGCAAACUACCGUUGAUCACGAUUCCAGUUCCAGUCCCUUGCUAAAAUCCGCGAAUUCUACGAAUCGACAUGCGAAUUCUUCGCCGAAACCUGGGCAGGAGAAUGGAAACGCCCAUGGAACUCCGAUGAAAGCUGCAACCGCGAAUAGUCAGCAGCCUGUCAACGAUAAGGUUGUCACAUCGUCGAGAGCAGCUACCGUUGAAGUCGCUAGAAUGACGGCGCAGGGACCAGGCGACGCUUCGCAGGUCGAACACGUCACCUUAAAGAAGAAGCCUAAAUGCAAAUGUUGUCUUCUGCAGUAAUGAAAAGAAAGUAAAACUGUCGCGUGAAUGACUCUGCAAUCGGAUGAUUCCCCGUCGCUGAAUAUGCAUCGCGGUUUGGUCGCCGAUGUAAAUGUAUGGCUUAUGUUUCUCGAAAAGAAUGAUCGUUACCACGAGUGCCACGCUGAUAAACGUUAUAACUUUCUCCGUUGUAUCCAGAAAUGAAUUUCACGGAGGGACGGAAACGACGUAUCUACGAAGGGAAAAUAUGUGAUCUGAAACGAAUUUUCAAGAAUUGUUCUAUGAACGCGAAUUGGUCCUGUCGAUUGAACCAACCUGUUAGAAAGAGCGAAGAUUUUUACAAACAAUGCGAGCGAUGGUUACAGAUGAGACGAGAAUUCCGAUAUAUCGGUUGGAACGGCGAUGAUAUCGAGCGAAUUGACACUGGAAGAUACCUGAAUGAGCGUAAAAGCACCGAGCCUCUUGAUAGCCUUUCAGAAAGACAGUGGAGCGUCUAUAAAAGUAAUAGACUAUAUAAAAGAAGAGAAUAAAAAAAAUAUAUAUAUAUAUAUAUACACACACACUCACACACACACACAUAAAACUAUAUUGUAGAUACAGAAAUGGUAGUUGUAUAGCUUAUAUGCUUUUACUAUUGUGGUUAAUUACUGUCAAAAUUAUCGUGAUUUCGAAGAUGUGUUUGCGCAUUAUUUGUGCGUGAAACUGCGAGACACGAGCGUGAAGAAGAAGAAGAAAAAAAAAGAAAUGUCGCAGUUGCACAGAACGUUUAAAAAACUUAUCGAGUUACAGAACGCUAUUACUUCGUUGGACAUCGAUAUAAUGUCAUAUAGAUUCAUAGACUCGUUUUUACUAAAGAAAAAAAAGAAAAAACUCAGAACUUCUAUAGGCAGAAAUCUUUUACGAAAUUUUUUAACAUCGCGUAGAACGUGCGCUGUUUGAAAGCUGUACGAUAAAAAUGAUAGAUGAUAGAGAAGCGCAACUCUGAUGAAAAGAAGAAUGUCAAGUUGGCUAUUUUUUUUUCUCUUGGCUAAAUAUAUAAAAACACGUAGAAUUUUCUCUCUUUUUCGGAGGAAAGUACCAUCUAUCGUACCGCUUUACUUUGACACACGGAUUUCCUUUUAUUUCGUUGCUAUUGUUUUCUACACCUCGCAUUGAAAAAACGCAAACCCGUCGAAAAAAAAAAAAAAACUUAUAAUUAAAGCGAGCUGGCGCUCGCCAGUCCAAACGCGUGAGUAACUAUUCAGGAUCGUCAAAUAAUGAAAUGUGUAAAUAUCGUGAUAUUUUUUGAACAAAAAGUGUGAUUGUCGGCGAUCCGAAAAGUGCGAGAACGCGUUAACGUUGUUCUAUUCGAGUUCGUAUGGACAAACGUAUUCGACGACAGCUUGCUCUCCGCAUUCUAUCCUAGUUUUUCGAUAAAUUAAAUUAUACAUCAAGAAAGCUACGAUAAUAACUCGUCAACGGCGGAGCGUGCUACUUCUUUCUUGAGAUAUUUUUAUUUCUCGUUUUUAACAAUCAUGCACGUGUUUACAAAUUAUUUAUUUAUUUUUUAUCGGUGUGUUUUUAUUUCGACGCAUCCUUUCGUCGCUUCAUUCGUUUUGUUUUACUUGUAGCAUGUAUUUACGUGUACUUCAAAACGAAAUCUUUUUAACGAUAUAUAAAUCUAAAAAGAUACGAUAUUAAAAAAAAAGACGUACGAAUAAAUUUACGAAACGUACAUUA